UCACUCAAAAGAAUGAGAUGAGCCUCCUCGAGAUGAGACUAUAUUUGACUGAGUGAGGAGUAUUAUACAUACAGCGUAGGGUUUACAGCCUGUCUCUCUCACUCUCUCUCCCCCCCUUGUUCUGCUGCUGCAGCUGCUGCUUUCCGGUGAGCAAACGAUGAUGAUGAAAGCAGAGUAAAAGUCUUCUUCCACCCAAGCCGCAUGACGUCCAACAACACCUGUUUUUGAAGAUUCACAUAUCCCAUUCCAAUUCACAUCUACCAUUAUUACAAUUUUGGGUUUGCAUUUUCAAAUUAUUCGUGUGAAAAUAUGGGGAUUCACUCCGCAACCACAAUAAUGUUGCUCCUUCUCUUCUACAUUUUGGUCUUUCUGCCCGCCGGAAUUAUGACAGAUCUGGCUUCCGACCGAGCUGCUCUCCUUUCUCUCCGCUCCGCCGUCGGCGGCCGUACCCUCUUCUGGACAACCACCCAACAAACCCCAUGUAAUUGGCCCGGCGUACAAUGUGAUAACACCACUAACCGCGUCACCGCCCUCCACCUCCCUGGUGUCUCACUCUCCGGCCGAAUCCCGCUCGGCAUUUUCGGAAACUUAACUAAACUUAAAACCCUCAGUCUCCGCUUUAAUGCGCUCUCCGGCCCCCUCCCCUCCGAUCUCUCUUCCUGUCUCGAUUUACGCAACCUCUAUCUCCAGGGUAAUCGCUUUUCCGGCCUCUUCCCGGAGAAUCUUUUUAGUAGUUUACGCGACCUUGUCAGGUUAAACCUUGCUGGAAACAAUUUCUCCGGUGAGAUUUCAAGUGGUUUCAAUAAUUUCACGCGGUUGAGAACGCUAUAUCUCGAGAACAACCAGUUUUCCGGUUCUUUACCGGACCUCAAUAUCCCCAAUUUGGAGCAGUUUAAUGUCUCAUUCAACAACCUAAAUGGCUCUGUUCCUAAAUCUCUCCGAUCAAAACCCAAGGAAUCGUUUAUCGGAAAUUCCUUCUGUGGUUCUCCCCUCGACGAAAUUUGCCCUACCAAGGAAAAUGUUCCUCCGGCGGUUUCUGUAGAUCUGGACAGAAACAGGAAGAAGAAGAACGGCUUGUCCGGAGGCGCGAUUGCCGGUAUAGUAAUUGGAUCUGUUUUGGGACUCGUCGUUCUCCUCCUACUACUGUUUAUCCUUUGUCGAAAGAGAACCACUAAGAAAACAAGCUCAGUCGACAUUGGUGCUUCCAAGUUAACAGAUGCAGAGGUUUUAGGGGAGAAACCAUUGACAGGUUCCGGAACCGGUAGCAAUGGAUUCUCCGUUGCUGCAGCAGCUGCGGCGGCAAUGACUACAUCUUCUACGGCGGGUGUAAACACCGGUGGAGGCGCAGAUGGCAGUGGUAAUAAGAAGCUGGUGUUCUUCAGGAACUCCUCUACCAUAUUCGAUUUGGAGGAUUUGCUACGAGCUUCUGCGGAGGUGCUUGGUAAAGGGACGUUUGGGACGGCGUACAAGGCGGUGUUGGAGGCAGGAAUGAUGGUAGCAGUGAAGAGACUGAAGGAUGUUACAGUAUCGGAGCCAGAAUUCAGGGAAAAGAUUGAAUUCGUUGGUGCAAUGAAUCAUGAGAAUUUGGUUCCACUCAGAGCCUACUAUUACAGCAAAGAAGAGAAGCUUCUCGUCUAUGAUUACAUGCCGAUGGGAAGCCUUUCUGCACUUCUCCAUGGAAACAAAGGAGGUGGGAGGACGCCAUUGAACUGGGAAAUCCGGUCAGGCAUUGCUCUGGGGGCUGCCCGGGGCAUCGAGUAUUUACACAGUCACGGGCAGGACAUCUCCCAUGGGAACAUCAAAUCAUCAAACGUGAUCCUGACCAAAUCAUUGGAGGCCCGGAUAUCAGAUUUUGGUCUAGCCAAUCUAGUGGGUGGCCUGCCUUCAACCCCUAACCGUGUGGCUGGCUAUCGUGCACCGGAGGUGACGGACCCACGCAGAGUCUCCCAAAAAGCGGAUGUCUACAGUUUCGGGGUGCUGCUGUUGGAGCUUCUAACCGGAAAGGCUCCGACCCAUGCACUUUUAAACGAAGAAGGAGUUGACCUCCCGAGAUGGGUCCAGUCGACGGUCAAAGAAGAGUGGACCUCUGAGGUGUUUGACCUUGAGCUGCUCAGGUACCAGAACGUGGAGGAGGACAUGGUGCAGCUGUUGCAGGUCGCCAUCGAUUGUGCCGCCCAGUACCCGGACAACCGCCCAACCAUGGCGGAGGUCACCUCCCGGAUCCAGGAGGUGCGCCGGGCAAGCCUCAUCAGAGGAGGGGAGGUUCAGGAUGUGGAUCCGGAUCCGGAUCGGGUCCAUGAGUCUGAUUGAGUUCAGUUGAGUUUAGUUGAAAGACAGGGAGUGUGGUUGAAUUAAUGAGUUGGUUGGGGAUUUGGGAUAUGAGUGGUGGUGUUGUAAUUAUGAUUGCUUUAGCUUUUUGCUUUUUUUCUUUUAUUUUCUUUGAGAAGGAACUUUCAUGUGUUUGAAGAUAAUGAUGUUUUACCUGCCUUUUCAGUUUUCGCCAAUGCAAUUACAGCACCACUUUCGUUUCCUUAUUAAA